AUGGUUGCCGAAUCGAACGGCUUGUACCUAGGUCUUGAUCUGAGCACGCAAUCGCUUGAUGCGGUGGUUAUCGACCUCGAUGACGCCCUGGAAAGCGCCUUCGAAGCGAGUGUGAACUUUGAGACAGACCUACCACACUACGGCACGAAGAGCGGGUUUAUCUACGACCCGGAGAGCAAGCGUGCGGUGGCACCGACGCUCAUGUUUGCCGAGGCGCUCGAACUUGUGCUCGAAAGACUACGGAGUGCUAAGUGCCCGUUCGAACGCAUUAGAGCAGUUUCGGUGUCUGCGCAGCAGCACGGCUCUGUGUAUUGGCAGAGGCCUCCGCACCUGCCGGAUACCGAGAAAGACAGCCAGAAGUCGCUGGUCGCCUGUCUGCAAGAGCCAACGACUGCCUUUGCGGUGCCGUUCAGCCCUAUAUGGGCGGACGCCUCGACAACUGCAGCUUGUAGAGCGAUUGAGGCUGCGUAUCCUGGUGGAGCGAGGCAACUCGCCCGCGACACCGGUUCCCGUGCCUAUGAGCGAUACACUGCCGCGCAGGUGGUGAACCUCGCGCUCCAUCAACCAGCGGCAUAUCGGCAGACGCAGCGGAUUCAAGUUAUAUCGGCGGGUAUGGUAUCGAUAUUGUGCGGCAACUGGUGUGCCGAGGAUGUCGCUGAUGCGAGCGGAACGCUGUGGCUGCAGCUAGGUGCGCUGCGGCCGCGCUGGGCUCCCAAAGCGCUCGCUGCAACCGAGCAGGCUGCGGGACUCGAGUCCGGCACCUUGCAUGGAAAGUUAGCAGAAUCACCAGUGCUCUCGUUCACAGCCGCUGGACCAAUCGCUCCGUACUUCUGUCAUCGUUUCGGUUUCCGCCCCGAGUGCUUGGUCGUGACUGGAACUGGUGACAAUCCCUCAUCGGCAGCAGGCCUGGCUAUGCGACUGGGUGAUGUGUGUAUAUCGCUGGGUACUUCGGAUACGGCUUUCGGGCGCACGAGCUCAUGCGAACCCCAGUUGUUUGGUCACGUUUUUCGCAGCUCACUUGAUCCGCUCGCGUACAUGCCGAUUCUCGUGUUCUCGAACGGUUCGCUCACCCGUGAGCGCAUUCGGGGCCCAGAUCGCUCCUGGGAGGACUUUGACGCCUCGCUGGAACGCACACCGGCGGGAAACCAGGGCCUCCUAGCACUGCUUACAUUUGUGGAUGAGAUUCUUCCUCGCUUACCUGCCGGUCUGAUGUACUUUGCCCAGAUCGAAACGGAAUCGACCAGCUCGGCACUCGCGGAGCUGAAACUGGCCCUGCUUCGCCCCGAGGACGUUGCAUCACACGAUGCCGUUGUUCGUGCUGUGGUAGAGCAGCGAGCGCUUGCAAUCCGCUACUAUGGAGAGCGCAUCGGGUUACCUUUCCCACCGCAACGUGUUCUGCUCACAGGUGGUGCUUCUCAGUCGCGGGGCAUCCGAAAAGUGAUUGCGGAUGUGCUGGGUGCCCCUGUUUAUGUUUUGGAACGUGGCAAAGCAUCCUUGGAUGCGCACGUGACCCCAUGGAACACGGCUGCUCGCGGGGCUGCCCUGCGUGCCGCUUAUGUGCAACGCGGUGAACAACAGGAGUUUGCUGACUGGGCUUCAAGCAUUCAUGCAGUGCGGUAUCGCCGGGUUGCGGAGCCCAAUCCCGAUGCGUUCCAACUCUACACGAGUGUUAUGUUGCCUGCAUAUGCUCGGUUUGAGGCACUGGUGGAUGCGCAGUCUCGAACUGGGCCAGUUUCCUCCGCGUGA